AUGGUCGAUUGGAUCGUAUUGAACCCAGGAACAGGCGCGACGCAUCAAGAUCCAUCGGAUCCCAUAACCAAAUUCUUCCAACCUCUUUUCGAGCAACCUGAAUACCUGUGCCAUCUGAGAUUCCGACGGUCGUGCCCCGUGGAAGCACCACACACCGAAUGGCUCAUGCUAUCUUGGAACUCUGCCGAUGUGCGCACUAAAUUCAUCAAAUCUGCCGAAUCCCAGUCUCUUACCGAGAUCCUCGCCGCCUGGAGUUCCGAGCGAUCGGUCCAAGUAUCUAUGAUCGAUCUCUCUCAGACAGUUGGGGAUGCUUUCCGUGGCGGUGCGUUCCAGACCCAGUACGUUGGUCCAAUCGAGUAUUACGAGCUCAUGGCCGUGUACUUCCCCGAGAAUCUGGAGGGUUCGCACAUUAAGGAGCUGGACCGCACCAAUCCAUACAACCUAGGGAUUCUGAUUGGCUCCGAUGUGUACCCCCUGGCAGGCUUGACGGAUUGGCAGCAUGGAUGGCUCGAUCGAACCGUGCUCUUCCAAGGUCAACGUGCCCGAUGUCUCAUAUACUUGCUGCGAUGGGAGAAUCCCGACCGCGAGCACGAGUAUAAGAAUUUCCGCGUUACGAUGAAAGGGAAAAUUAUAGAUUACUGGGAACAGUUUCUGACCCCGUUGAAGCAAAAUAGGAUGCUUGGCUACCAAUCGCAACAUGCAUCAUUUAUCAGACAGCCGGUCACUUCGGUGCUGGGUGACUAG